AUAAAGGCCGGAUCUAAAGUAGAUUCUUCUAUUUCCUGCCUUCCCCAGUUAAUGCCGCUAUGUAUUUGUGAUCUCUAUUCUGAGUGCCUUCCAAACAUCCGCCGCAGGCCACUGGCCGGGAGCAUAGCGGCUGCGCCAGCGAGCGAGAGGUCGGGUCCGGGGGCGGGGCCUGGUUUCGGCUUCCGGCGGAAGAGCCAGGGAGCAAGAUGGCUGCCAUUAAGACCGUGUUGUUCGUUGCCGAGCUAGCGUGGGUUUCUCUUGUGGCUCUGCCCCCUCAGCCUGUGAGCAGCGCCCGCGAUUUGACGGCUCUGCUGGUCCUGGCGCUGCCCAGAGCCCUUUCCCUCUAUGAUCUUGGUCUCGGAGAGUUGGUCCAAAUGCUUGCUCAAGGCUUCAUGGUAAGAAGAGAAACCCCAGGAAAGCUCCCCUUUCAGCUUCCCAGAAGCUGUAGGACUCUGGACUUUGGGAAGAAAUGGGGACAAAACACAGCCCCGUCCUCAGUCCUCAGCAGAGGCCCCGGCUCCACAGGUCCCCAAGUCACGUCCCCCUGGACCUCAUGCUUCGCUGAGAAACGUCAGAGCCACUCUCCCGGGGGCUCGCAGAACCACGGUUCCCAUGUCCAUCUGAGCGCUCCGAGGCCCGAGUUCUCCCUUCCACCCCAUACGUUCUGGGGGUGUGGAUGGAUUUAUGACCCAGCAGAUUGGAGCAGCCACCAGCACGUAGCCAGGGCUUGCUCUGCCCAGCACUGCCAAGAGCAGGGCACUAACUGUCCCCUGACAUCCACAAACGAGACCCCGGGUUCAGUGGGGCAGAGACAUCUGGCCAAAGUCCUGGAGCCGCGGUUCAGUCAGAUCCCAAGUUCUUACCCACUGAAGGUCUUACUCCCGGGUUUGUGGGUUAAAAAAGAGAGAAAAGGCUGUGGGCUGGACAUGAUGGGGACCUCCGGCUAGGAAGAGGGACACCUCUGAAAAUGGGAUUUGACCCCACAGCUGCUUAGAGAUGAGGAUGCCCUGAGAAACACACUCACGAUCCCUGGAAAUGUCGACUCCACCAAUGAAACCAACUUCCUGUACCUCUUUGUAUUUCCAAAUGACCUCUUGAUUUCUUAACUGUCAAAGUAACACAAGGGCAACUGUAAGGUAACCUCUGGGGAAGAAAUACCACUCAGAAACCUCUGCCCACCCCAACACAUCGUUUUCAUCUUUCUGGAAUAUUUUCAUGUCACCUGAACUUUUACACAAUGGUCAUCUUAACAAAGAAGUCUGUAUGUUUUCCAACUUUUUCACAUAAACAUGUUCACUGCUGUUAAAAUGUCUCCACUAUGAACGUUUCAAAUGCAUAAAAUUCCUUUGAGAAAAUGUACCAUAAUAUUUAGAGAUUAGCUUAACUUUAGACAUUUAGGUUAUUUCCCGGCUUUCAUUAAAAGACGAGAAAGGGG